AUGGAGCAGGACGUAACAAGGCAGGACCUCGCUGGUAUCAACCACUGGACAGCACUGAAAACAUCUAGCCAUUUAACAGGCAAAUGCGAAAUCUAUAAACCAGUAAUGGAAAUUAAAGGACAAAUGAUUCAUGUGCCAGAAUCAAAUUCAAUUUUGUUUCUGGGUUCCCCCUGUGUGGACAAGCUGGAUGAAUUGAUGGGCCGAGGCCUCCAUCUUUCGGACAUACCUAUCCAUGAUGCUACUCGUGAUGUCAUAUUGGUUGGGGAGCAAGCAAAGGCACAGGAUGGCUUGAAAAAACGAAUGGAUAAGUUGAAGGCAACGCUAGAAUGCACACACCAAGCCCUGGAAGAGGAGAAAAAGAAAACAGUAGAUCUCCUUAUUUCUAUUUUCCCUGAAGAAGUGGCUCAGCAGUUGUGGCAGGGGCAGCAGGUUCAAGCCAGGAAGUUUGAUGAUGUCACCAUGCUCUUCUCGGACAUUGUUGGCUUCACUGCCAUCUGUGCGCAGUGCACGCCCAUGCAGGUCAUCAGCAUGCUGAAUGAACUCUACACGCGGUUUGACCAUCAGUGUGGAUUCCUGGAUAUCUACAAG